UCGGAAAUAGCAGCAAUUGUAAAGAGAAAUUAUAACUGUGUUGUAGUGUUUACAGUUACAUUAUUAAAGAUGGGUCUAUACUGUAACGGAUCCAGGACAAUGUUAUUGUGGCUUUCUGGCUUUCAAAUGGUUCUCCAUACUGUUGUUACAAUUGAAUUUAUAAUAAUAGAUGUACAAGAAAGAAGUUGUACAGAUGAUUGUUUUAUGGGUACACUUUACAUCGAAAUUUUGGAAUUUCUUCAUGUUAUUCCUUUUGUUUUGGCAGUUUUACUGUUCAUCGGAAUCCUACGGAAUGAUUUACAACUACUAAGACUAUGGUUAAUUGUAAUUAUGGGAGCAACAAUUAUUAUUUUGGCGAUACAAAUAGGAAUAUUAGUUUCUUAUAUUGAUAAGGGUAUUAAUUACAAAAUAUGGUGUGCGUAUGUACCACUCUUUGCCGAAAUGAUUGUGCUUCCGAUAGUAAUUGCUUAUGUUUUUCAAUACUACAAAAUUCAAAGAAAACCAACAAUAGAAUUUUCACACCAAGAUAAUGAAAGUAAUGUGAUACAAAUUGACAAAAGUGCUAGCGAUAAGCAGUGAAGUAUUAUACCACCUUUAUUUAACAAAGGGUUAUGGAAAAAUCUGAUUAGAUAGCUCAUAAGACUGAUAAUAUUUAAAUAUGUACAAGUGGACUCCGUAUUUUUAUGUUCCUCUGUAAUACUGUUAGUAUUAGUAGAGAAAGAAUAGGCAUAGACCUAGUCCAAACAUUAUCAAUUGCAUGAAGUUGUUUAACAGUAAGAAAUGUUGAAGCUUAUUACUGUAUGUUUAUUUUGUCUAAUUAUUGUGUAAACCUACGGGAAAGGAUCAAUAAAUACAGUACUUUUUUAA